CACGUCUUACACGAACGCCGCUAAACGUAAACAUCAGCUGGAGGCUCAUGUGUUCCCGGCGAUAUUGUAAACGAUUCAUAGCGUCUUGAUUCCAGAGUGUCUGAAAUUUUGUCACUAUGGCUGGAAAUAGACUUGAGAAGAUUGGUACUAUCUUUACCAGGACAACUGGGUUAUUGAAAUCUGGUGCCAUUAAAGCUUCAGAGAAGCCAUUGUGGUAUGAGGUAUAUGAAGCAUUUCCUCCCAAGUAUGAACCCCGUUUUGAUCGCCCAGUUCAAGAAAAGAAAAUCAAACAAAUUCUAUAUACAGAGGAUGCCAUAAGAGCGAAAUUUUAUAAGGCACAUGGUUCUCCAGGCACAAUUACCUUAUCAGAAUAUAGUGUCCGACCAACUAUAUCACAACUUUUUAUAAAGGAAUAUGAGAAAUUGAGAGAUGAAGGUAAUGUCCCAGAGGAGAAGCUUAUGGAGGAAACUGCAUUAGCACUGGAAGCUCAUGGCAUCUACCUUGACCGCUCUCGAGCUCCUCCUAAGCCUGAACCAGAAGAACAACCUGCUGUAGAAACUCAGCCCACAGCAUCUUCAUCUCAACUCUUGACAGACAAAGUACGUCUUUCUGACAUCUUCAAAGAGAGUCAGGAAGAGAAGAAUUAGUCAGGAUUUUGUAAACAGAUGUAAAUAUAUGUAGAUCACGCAGAAUUGUUAAA